AUGGCCGUCGCGGGGGUGCUGUGCUCUGCUGCACCGAACCCCACAGGGGCUACCAUCGCAUGGAGGAAGGUCUCAGCGGGCCCUACGACGCCUCCUCAAGGAACACCUGCGUGGGAUAGGCUAGCUUCCCAAGGUGCUCUGGUGGCCGAUGGGUAUGAUGGAUACGGCUCAGUGGUGGAGCAACCCAAGGAGGCUCAGCCUGUUAUCAUGACAGCCGAGCAUCGUGGGACUAUACUUUACACCAACGGAGUUUUCAGUAACUCAAGGAACUGUGUCACGUUCUGGAAAUCAACCCGCUGCAAUGGAGCACGUGGGAGCUUCAAUCCGACGUGUAAUUUUAGCUACCAGCAAGGGUGCGACAUUCACAUCUAA